GUCCCAAUACCACUGCGACAUUGACCCUUAUAUCCACCAGAAGCACGUCCCACCAAGCCAACCAGCCUGACUGGCCGGCUCGCGGGACCGUCACAUAGAUGUAGAUCCGGCAGAUCCCCAACGGUCAUUUACCAAUGACAACGGGGACAGCCACCAAAGCCAAUAGCUCAUAAUUGUUUCUAACCUCCAGUUAAACCCUUAGAGCUAUUGACUUCAAUAGUUAGAAAGCAAUUCUCAACCACCGGUUACCGACCAAGCCCGGUAAUCCAGCUCUGAUCUACAUCAACCACCACCAACAGCCACACGCAACACUACCACCAUGACGACCAUCAAGUAUGAUCCGACUCAGGACUUCAUACACUCAACACUCACCAGCAUCACUGGCCGCCCCACCCGCACAGGCAUCAAACGCCUAGAAAAAGAAAACAAAGACAAUGCACGUCAGAUCCAUAGCCUCCGCGGCAAUGGCAACGAAGGACACUUACGCCUCUGCUACACCCUAGACAGGUUCAAUGCAAGGCCUGCAGUAGCCGGAACACCAUGGGUCGACCCAGUCCAUCCAGGAACACGCCCAGAUGUCCCCGAUGGAGCCACCGGACCCCAAAUCACGCGCAUGGUCUCAGCACACAAGUAUGACCUCACCGAAUUCCAGCUCUUCCAAUCCACCGAAAAGGCCCUCUUACGCAAGA